CGCAACGAAAUCGACGGAAUCGUUGAAGGUCAUUUUGCAGGGGGCCUGUUCGAUGAAAUUCCUCUUUGAGCCUUCUCCUAUAUUGUCUCAUUAUCUAGCUGAAGUUAAUGGCAUCUCCUUGAAUUUCAACUUAUUCCUACAAUGAAAACGAGGAGAAUUGUCACUGCUGCAUCGAUCCUAUCCACUAGAAAUCUCUCAUGUUCGUAUUCUUCUUGCAUCUCCAGUUGUCCGUCGAGACAGAUUUCCCCUCUGCGGUCAUCUUCUUCGCAACGAAAUGGCGGAGAUUCGUUUUCAAAAGCGAUACCCGGAAAUCUGGUGAAGUGGGCAUCGCUUGGUUCCGUUAGGAAUUCGAGUUUCGCAACUGGGUUUACGCCAUUGCAGCCGAAGCCGUUGGAUUCCAUCAUGGAUUUGGAGGGAGCCAAGAUGAAAUCGCCGGACGAACUCGCUUCGAUCUGGGACGAUCAUCACUUGGGACGAGGUGAUAUCGGGUUGUCCAUGAAAGCUCAGCUUUAUCGGCUAUUGGAGCAACGAGCAUCAGAGUGUCAGUAUUUUGUCAUCCCUUUGUGGAGAGGACAAGAUUACACAACCAUGUUUGUUCAAGUUCAAGCCCCUCACAUGCUAUUCACGGGCCUCGAAGAUUACAAGGCGAGAGGAACGCGAUCUGCGCCAUACCUAACCACCACUUUCUAUACCGAGUUUGCCGAAACCAAGGACUUGGUUCUUGUCCGAGGGGACGUUGUGUUCACGAGCAAGCUCACGGACGAGGAGGCGAGGCGGCUCGUGGAGACAACUACGUCGUUUUACCUGAGGACUGUUUGA